AAAAGGAGGGAGAUAUUUUGCUUCACACUUUCUAUGAAGAUAUUUUUUUUCUUCCAUUUAUUAUUGUUAUAAUAUCUUAAGAGGGUUGGUUGGUUCUGUGGUGGCCAUUCCAUAACACUUUCUCUCUCUUUUUCUGGGGAGAAUAAAGGGUUCUUCUUUGGUUUGGAUAAUCUUAUUUGGUUGAUUUGAGGGUCGGACUUUGAAGAUUUUUGAGCCUUCUCAAAAGGAACAUAAUCGUUAAAGCAAAGAUUCAACUAUGCUGCUUAGGAGUUCUUCAACACCAGUUCUUGGAUCCCUUCUCCCAUCUUUUGCAGAAAGUCCAAACAAUAUUUAUAAUCACUAUGAAACAAAGCCAGCCACCGUUCAAAACAGCCCCAACAAAUUUGCUUUCCCUCAAAAUGGGUAUCUAAAUCUCUGUUCAGUUUCUUCCAAUUCCUCUCCUAUCUCACCCCCCAUUGAUAGCAACCAGGUUAAGAAAAACUGCUUGGAAAGAACUCAGUCUGAAGGAAACUUGGAGGGACUAGCUUAUGCUUCUUAUGUCAACAGUGAAGAUCAUAUCCGUGAUUCACCAGUGACCAAAAUGUUUCCAAGGAGGCCCAAGUGCUUGAUGCUGCAAACUAUACCCUCUUUUUCGUUUCGAAACUCGAGUGGUGAGCUCGAAGAUGAAGAGGAAGAUGAAUACGAAGAAGAAGAGAUUGACAUUGAAGAUGCUGAAGAAAGAGAAGAGUUAGAAGAAGAAGAUGAAAGAGAGAUGAGAGGUGGAGAUGUUGUCAUGGCUAUGGCUAUGCAAGGUAAUGGUUUCGGUUUUGAGAAUAUGAUGAAGAAGGAGAUGAAUUUCAACGAGGAGAUGAUAGCCAUGGACAAGAUUUGGAAUUCUGGUCUUGAACAAGAAAAUGAGGGGGUGACUCGUACAAUGCAGCUUGCAAAAGUUGUCGAGGUUGGUGGCGGCGGUGGUGGCAAUGGCCGUGGUGGCGGCAAUGGUGACUUUAACCCUUAUGGCUCAGGUGGGAAUGAAUGGGACAGACAAGGGUUUGAAGAGUAUUACAAGAAACUGGUGGAGGAAAAUCCUGGCAACCCUUUGUUCCUUAGAAACUAUGCUCAAUUUCUGUAUGAGGCCAAGAGAGACCUCAAGGCAGCAGAAGAAUAUUACUCAAGGGCCAUCCUAGCAGAUCCCAAAGAAGGUGAUAUGUUGUCACAAUAUGCCAAGAUAGUGUGGGAACUACACCAUGACCAAGACAGAGCUGCAAGUUACUUUGAACGAGCUGUCCAAGUUUCUCCCAAAGACAGCCAUGUUCAAGCUGCAUAUGCUAAUUUCCUUUGGGAAACAGAGGAUGGUGAAAAUGAGGAUGAUAUGGCAGAAGAGCUUCGUGCCAUGACAGCUAAUAUUCGUGAAGGAACCAUAGCUUCUGCUUAGGAAAAAGAAUGGUUUCAUACGAGUCCAAGUCUGAGGUGGUUUAAAGCUUCGAGGUUCAGGUUACAACAUCAAAAAGUUCUGACACCAAAUUGAAGACAAGACAAGGAUUGGAAAAAGAAAUGCAUAGGUCAUAGCAAUUGGCAAUACAUAUUCUUAAAAACCAGUACAUAUGACUGAGUGAAAUAAUAGAUUUUGUAUGAUGUCAUUGUACUAAUUUGGAGCUUUGAGUUGGGUUUGGAGCUCGAUUAAUUUGUGUGACUGGAACAUUCAGUAAUUGCAGUCCCAGUAGUAUAAGCUCUGUUCUGUACAAGUCAAGGUUUAGUUCAAUAUUGAAAUUCAAAUAAGAUAACAGAGUUCCAAGUCGUAUAA